UGUGUGAGUGCAUGGGAGGGUGCUGAAUCUUCCGAGACACCGGGACCACAGCGGCAGCUCCAGGGCAACUGCAGCCAGCCGAGCCUCCGGACUUGGGAAGGGGGACCGGGCGCAGGCGUCGAGAGCCACCGGCGGCACCGGAGACGGGCGUUCUUCUGCCUCCACUUCAGCAGCUUGGUGCUAAAUUGUUGUCUCAAAAUGCAGAGGAUCUAAUGCACUGAGAGAAACGACCACAGAGGAAGAGGAGACACACACACACACACACACACACACACACACACACGAGGGGGUAUUUUGUGGAUGCUCCACUUUUCUUGGAAAUGCAAAAGAUUAUGCAUAUUUCUGUCCUCCUUUCUCCUGUUUUAUGGGGACUGAUUUUUGGUGUCUCUUCCAACAGCAUACAGAUAGGGGGGUUGUUUCCGAGGGGCGCCGACCAGGAAUACAGUGCAUUUCGCGUAGGGAUGGUUCAGUUUUCCACUUCGGAGUUCAGACUGACACCCCACAUCGACAAUUUGGAGGUAGCCAACAGCUUCGCAGUCACCAAUGCUUUUUGCUCCCAGUUUUCAAGAGGAGUCUAUGCGAUUUUUGGAUUUUAUGACAAGAAGUCUGUAAACACCAUCACCUCAUUUUGUGGGACACUGCAUGUCUCCUUCAUCACGCCCAGCUUCCCAACAGAUGGCACACAUCCUUUCGUCAUUCAGAUGCGACCUGACCUCAAGGGCGCUCUCCUGAGCUUGAUUGAAUACUAUCAGUGGGACAAGUUUGCAUACCUCUACGACAGUGACAGAGGCUUAUCAACGCUGCAAGCUGUGCUGGAUUCUGCAGCCGAAAAGAAGUGGCAGGUGACUGCCAUCAAUGUGGGGAAUAUUAACAACGACAAGAAAGAUGAGACCUACAGAUCCCUCUUUCAAGAUCUGGAGCUAAAAAAAGAACGGCGUGUAAUCCUCGACUGUGAACGGGAUAAAGUAAACGACAUUGUCGACCAGGUUAUCACCAUUGGGAAGCAUGUUAAAGGUUACCACUACAUCAUUGCAAAUCUGGGGUUUACUGAUGGAGACCUAUUAAAAAUUCAGUUUGGAGGUGCGAAUGUGUCUGGAUUUCAGAUCGUGGACUAUGAUGACUCUCUGGUAUCAAAGUUUAUUGAAAGAUGGUCAACACUGGAGGAGAAAGAGUACCCUGGAGCCCACACCAGUACCAUUAAGUACACGUCCGCCCUGACUUACGAUGCGGUCCAAGUGAUGACCGAAGCUUUCCGAAACCUCCGGAAGCAGAGGAUUGAAAUCUCCCGGAGGGGCAACGCCGGAGACUGCCUGGCCAACCCGGCGGUGCCCUGGGGCCAGGGGGUGGAGAUAGAGCGGGCUCUCAAGCAGGUUCAGGUGGAAGGUUUGUCAGGAAACAUAAAGUUUGACCAGAAUGGAAAAAGAAUAAACUACACCAUUAACAUCAUGGAACUCAAAACUAAUGGGCCACGGAAGAUUGGAUAUUGGAGUGAAGUGGACAAAAUGGUUGUUACCCUUACAGAACUCCCUUCUGGAAAUGACACCUCUGGGCUUGAGAAUAAAACUGUUGUCGUAACAACAAUUCUGGAAUCUCCAUAUGUUAUGAUGAAGAAGAACCAUGAAAUGCUUGAGGGCAAUGAGCGCUAUGAGGGCUACUGUGUUGACCUGGCGGCAGAAAUCGCCAAACAUUGUGGGUUCAAGUACAAGUUGACCAUUGUUGGGGAUGGCAAGUAUGGGGCCAGGGAUGCAGACACGAAAAUUUGGAAUGGGAUGGUUGGAGAACUUGUAUAUGGGAAAGCUGACAUUGCAAUUGCUCCACUAACCAUUACUCUUGUGAGAGAAGAAGUGAUUGACUUCUCCAAGCCUUUCAUGAGCCUUGGGAUAUCUAUCAUGAUCAAGAAGCCUCAGAAGUCCAAACCAGGAGUGUUUUCAUUUCUUGAUCCUUUAGCCUAUGAGAUCUGGAUGUGCAUUGUUUUUGCCUACAUUGGGGUCAGUGUAGUUUUAUUCCUGGUCAGCAGAUUUAGCCCCUACGAGUGGCACACUGAGGAGUUUGAAGAUGGAAGAGAAACACAAAGUAGUGAAUCAACUAAUGAAUUUGGGAUUUUUAAUAGUCUCUGGUUUUCCUUGGGUGCCUUUAUGCAGCAAGGAUGCGAUAUUUCGCCAAGAUCCCUCUCUGGGCGCAUUGUUGGAGGUGUGUGGUGGUUCUUUACCCUGAUCAUAAUCUCCUCCUACACGGCUAACCUAGCUGCCUUCCUGACUGUAGAGAGGAUGGUAUCUCCCAUCGAAAGUGCUGAGGACCUUUCUAAGCAAACAGAGAUUGCUUACGGGACAUUAGACUCUGGCUCCACGAAAGAGUUUUUCAGGAGAUCUAAAAUUGCCGUUUUUGAUAAAAUGUGGACCUAUAUGAGAAGCGCAGAGCCCUCUGUGUUUGUGAGGACUACUGCCGAAGGCGUAGCCAGAGUAAGGAAGUCGAAAGGGAAGUAUGCCUACCUGCUUGAGUCAACCAUGAAUGAAUACAUCGAGCAAAGGAAGCCUUGUGACACCAUGAAAGUCGGAGGAAACCUGGAUUCCAAAGGCUAUGGCAUCGCCACCCCUAAAGGAUCCUCAUUAAGAACCCCAGUAAAUCUUGCAGUAUUGAAACUCAGUGAGCAAGGCGUCUUAGACAAGCUGAAAAACAAAUGGUGGUACGAUAAAGGUGAAUGUGGAGCCAAGGACUCGGGAAGUAAGGAAAAGACCAGUGCCCUCAGUCUGAGCAACGUUGCUGGAGUGUUCUACAUCCUUGUCGGGGGCCUUGGCUUGGCCAUGCUGGUGGCUUUGAUUGAGUUCUGUUACAAGUCAAGGGCCGAGGCGAAACGAAUGAAGAUGACCUUGGGUGAUGCGAUGAGGAACAAAGCAAGGCUGUCAAUUAUAGGAAGUACUGGAGAAAAUGGACGUGUUAUGACUCCAGAAUUUCCAAAAGCAGUGCAUGCUGCCCCGUACGUGAGUCCUGGCAUGGGAGUGAAUGGCAGUAUGACUGAUCCCUCGUGAGUGAUAAGAACCUCUUGAGUGCCUUACACAAUGGUUUUCUUGUGUGUUUCUUGUCAAAGUGGUGAGAGGCAUCCCCUAUCUUGAAGACUUUUCUUUCAGCCAAGAGUUCUUAAAAAUGCGGAGUUCAUCUGGAAUGAUAAGGAAUGAUUACUUUAAAACCACAGCAUCCUUUUCUACUCGAAUUACAGACGAAGCUUGGUGGACUGGCACAGCUCACAUGGAAAUACUCUCAUUGUACAGACAACAAACCUGUUUCUGCAGCCACUAUUGUCAGUCUCUUGAUUCAUAAUGACUUAAGCACACUUGACAUCAACUGCAUCAAGAUGUGACAUGUUUUAUAAGAAAAACAAGGAAAAACAUUUAAAAUGGAAAAAAAUAUUUUUAGGUAUUUUCACAAACGAACUGGCUUUUAAAAUAAAUUUGCUUCCAUACUGGUUGGAUAAGAC